AAGGGAAAAAAGGGAAGCAAAUGGGACUAUAUGAUUGCCUGGUAAUCCUAAAAAAAAGAACAUCACUUUUGUUAAGCGCUUUUUAAGCUGAAGAAAUCUUCAACAUUAUUUGUGUCGACAAACAAGACAAGUGAGGCAUGGACUUCAGAAUCACAUCACUGAUUCUUCUUCUGCAUGUUUCAGAAUCUCUAACAUUGAAGCCCAUCUUUGUGAGCUGUGAAAGCAUUUGCGCUCUGAGGGAAACCCAAGCGCGAUUGAAGUGCAAUUACGACAACAUACACACCAAAACAGCGUUCUGGUUCAGUGAGAAACAAAGCAAAAACUGGAGAAAAAACAAUGAACCCGAAGAUUUGACUUUAGAUUCAGACUACUCUGGACGAGUGGAACAGACCAUCAGUAAAUACGAAGCGAUGCUCAUAAUAUCAGACGUGACAGAGACAGACGCUGGAGAAUAUCAGCUCAUGUUCGUGGAUGAUGGAGUUAAACAUCUCAGCUCAGCAGCCGUCAAUCUAACAGUCACAGACCUGCAGGUGAGGAUCGGUCCUGCAUCUACAGACCCUAGAAAUGAGACGGUAGAGCUGACCUGUGAGGCUUCCUGUGAUUUGAUGUUCAGCAAUAAGAAUUACUACUGGAACAAAAACAAUAUUCCUCUUCCAGAAGCUAAUUCCAGGAGCAUUGUAGUUUCACCUGAAGCUCCUGGUAGUUACUCUUGCUCUCGUACUCCUGGUCUUAGCUCAUCUCCUGUGUGUGUUUCUCAGAGCAGCUGCUGGGAUGUGACUUACACCUCUAGAAGAGUCUGUGCUGUGGUGGGAUCAACUGUAGAGAUUUCCAGCACAUACUCACAUCCCCCUGGUCAUACUGUAAGAAAAACAUUCUGGCAUUACGGUCCAUCUGGUGACUCUAAGGAUCUGCAUAAGGAGCCUCAAUUUUCUGGUCGUGUGGAGUAUGUGGAGAACAAACUGAGAAUCAAAGAUCUCAAGAUCAGUGACUCUGGAGAAUAUAGAUUCAUGCUCUUCACUGAUCUAAAUGGCAGAUACAUUGGAUCACCUGGAGUCACUCUUACUGUCACAGAUACACAGGUGACAAGAAUCCCAAAUUUUGUAUUCAAGAGACAGGAAGUGACGCUGAUCUGUUCAACUAAAUGCACUCUGACUGACAAACAUACUUGCAUCUGGUACAAGAACGGACGACAGGUAACAGAUGGGUUCACUAAAGACAACAAGCUGUAUCUGGACUCAGUCAGCAGUGAAGAGCUUCAACAGUAUUCCUGUGCUUUAGAAGUCAAUGUAAAGAGCACUGCGUUCAGUCAUUAUACAGUCACUCUGCUUGUGUUUUUACCUCAGUUUCUCAUCAUAGCAGCUCUUUGGAUCUGGUUUUUCAUCCAAAUGAAUCGCAUUUCAAAAUCAAACUGAAAACAAAAAAUAAGAUGUUCAAGAUGUCUUCGUCUACAUCUGCUGUCUGUACAUCAGAGCUUCUGGAGUGAUGUCAUUGUGUUCUUCUAUUGUGACAUCAUCACCUAGCAACAGUCAGAACUGUCAGCGGCGACACAGAGAUACUGUGAUGUCAUAAACAGUGACAUAUUAUUUACUUUUAAUUUGCAUAAGUAAACAAAUAUAAAGGAAAAUAAUUGUCCUGUGUAAUUACAGAAUACACUGUAAUAAAGUGAUGGGAAUACUGUAUUUUAACUGUAAUUACACAAAAAUGAAUGCACAAAAAUUUAAAUAAAACAAUAAAAUCCA